CUGGAGGAAGUGACUUAGGAUCUUUAUUUCCAGAUGUUCCAGCUGUGACUUCUCCACCACCCCUUGAUGGGACCAUCUGAACGGCCAUCCACUGGCUGGAUGCACGAGGAAGCAGAGAUGCGAAUUGGUCCCCAGACAGCAGAGAAGAGCAGGGGGCGGGGGCUGGGAGACUGGAGCACUGGCUCUUCACGCCUCCCCCCGGCCCUGUCCUUCCUCCUCCUUUUGCCGCUGGCCAGCGCCCUACAGCCCACCCCACUGCCCUUUCCAGAGCUGAGGCUGGUGGGGGGCCCGAGCCGCUGCCGGGGGCGCCUGGAGGUCUUGCACGGCGGCUCCUGGGGCAGCGUCUGUGACGAUGACUGGGAUGUGGUGGAUGCCAACGUGGUGUGUCGACAGCUGGGCUGCGGCCUGGCACUGCCCGUGCCGCGGCCCCUCGCCUUCGGCCAAGGCCGAGGUCCCAUCCUGCUGGACAACGUGGAGUGUGGCGGGCAGGAAGCUGCGCUGAGCCAGUGCGGCAGCCGAGGCUGGGGCGUCCACAAUUGCUUCCACUACGAAGAUGUGGCUGUCCUGUGCGAUGAAUUCUUGCCCACGCAGCCCCCAACAAGGAAAGUGUUAACCAGUAGGGCGCCCCCUACAACUCCCCAGAAUGGGAAAGGUGAGGGCAGCGUGCGCCUGGUUGGGGGCGUGGGCCCGUGUCAGGGCAGAGUCGAGAUCCUUCAUGGUGGCCUGUGGGGCACGGUCUGCGACGACGACUGGGGGCUGCCGGAUGCUGCUGUGGUCUGCCGCCAACUGGGCUGUGGGGCGGCCCUUGCCGCCACCACCAACGCCUUCUUCGGUUAUGGCACGGGGCACAUCCUUCUGGACAACGUGCACUGCGAAGGCAGCGAGCCCCGCCUGGCAGCCUGCCUAAGCCUGGGCUGGGGUGUGCACAACUGCGGCCACCACGAGGACGCCGGCGCGCUCUGCGCAGUCCUGGGCCCCCCGACUCUCACCGCACUACCACCCUUGGCCACAAGAGAGGACUGGGCCUGGCACACAGAGCCAGAAGAGGCCCUGUCUCUGCAGCUACAGGAGUUGGUGCCCUGCCUUCCAGGGAGAUGGCACUGUUCACCACAGCCACCUGGGUCGCGGGGAAGAAAAGUAAGUGGCAGAGCCAGGGUCCUGUGGGGGUGGGAGAGGGGUAGGGCCGGGGCUCUGUCCCGGAGCCAGAGGCCCCAGCCCAGCCCCUAUGGCCACGGGCCUGUGCGCCCCGCAGGCGGGCGGCUGCGGCUGGUGGGCGGUCCGGGCCCGUGCCGCGGCCGCGUGGAGGUGAUGUACGCCGGGGGCUGGGGCACCGUGUGCGACGAUGACUGGGACUUCGCGGACGCGCGUGUGGCCUGCCGCGAGGCGGGCUGCGGGCCUGCGUUGGGCGCCACGGGCCUCGGCCACUUCGGCUACGGGCGCGGACCCGUGCUGCUGGACAACGUGGGCUGCGCCGGGACGGAGGCCCACCUGAGCGACUGCUUCCACCUGGGCUGGGGCCAGCACAACUGCGGCCACCACGAAGAUGCCGGCGCGCUCUGCUCAGGCCCAGAGGAGCUAGGACUUCAAGUCCAGCAGGAUGGUUCUGAGACCACCCGGGCGCCCACUCCUCGGCCCAGGGACGGGCACCUGCGUCUGGCCAAUGGAGCCCACCAAUGUGAGGGGCGCGUAGAACUCUUCCUAGGGCAACGGUGGGGCACUGUUUGCGAUGACGCUUGGGACCUGCGGGCAGCCACUGUCCUGUGCCACCAGCUGGGCUGUGGCCAGGCCCUGGCAGCCCCCGGCGAGGCCCACUUCGGCCCGGGCCGAGGCCCUAUCCUCCUGGACAAUGUCAAGUGCCGUGGGGACGAGAGUGCCCUUCUGCUCUGCUCUCACAUCCGCUGGGAUGCCCACAACUGUGACCACAGUGAAGACGCCAGCGUCCUGUGCCAGCCAUUGUGACCCAGCCCAUUCUGCAGACCAUCUCUUCUGGGAGCCUGCUGUGGCCUGCCCCUCUUCCUCCAGGAAGCCCUCCUCCUCUGACAACUUCAGUUCACUCUGCCCUUCCCUCCUCUUGCCUGGGAGAGAGCCUAUUCAGAGAGUGUGGUCCUGCAUGGGGGAGCCUGGCUCUACCCAGGUGACAUCACCUGUCACCAAUUAUUGUGGGCCCAAUUCAAUAAGAGUUCCCACUUGCUGCUCAGCCAGAAUAUAAAAUGGGGGGAAGGGAAUGACUCAUAACUGUUUUCUUCGGUGGGGCUCCUGUUACAACACCUGACCCUGCCUUCCUGGACCCUGGUCCAGGAGGCUCAGGGGCUCUCUAUAAAUGGAGUAUCCCCCCUCUCCCCAACCCAUAUUGGGAGCCCCAAGAAGAGGGAAGGCAGGAGAGACCCACAGCUCUUACCUUAGACUGCCUGUGGCUGCAGAAGAACCUGGGUCAUUGCCCUGGCCUUCUCCGUGAGGGCCCAGACUCAGAUGGUGCUUGGCUGGACAAGGGGACUGGAGGGGCCAAAGCAGGGACAGCGGCCCCUCCCUGCAGCUGGAACCAACAUCUCUGAUUUAUGCUGCCCCCACCACAGAGCCUCCACUUUGCGGUAGCGAAGAACCCUGGGGGCCUGUAGCCACCUGUUUAUAGGUGCCAAGUCAAUAAAGCAUUGUCCCCCCCACCCCCCACCCCUGUCUUUUUACUUGCGGGCACAAGUGUAUCAUUUGUGAAAGCAGCAAAGACUGGUUAGAACUUUCUGGAGGAAACCGGCUCGGGGAUGGAGGGCCGUGCAAGAGCAUCAUCAGAGAGCUCUCAGCAGGCCCGCACAGUCUUAGAAGUGCUGACUCGCAGUAUGAGGCCUGUAAGGCCCCAGAGGGUCCCCAAGCCCACCCCUGCUUUCCUUUUGCAUAUAGAGAAACUUAAGUCCUGCAGAAGGAAAGGGUCUGCUCCAAGACACGUUGCAAGGUGGGAGAGGCACUAGAGCAAUACUCAAGAAAAAGCAGGGAGAUAAGAGCAAAGCAGCACAGGGGCAUCCCCGGGGGCUGCUCUUGGGGCACCUCACCUGGAGCUCCUAGGGGCAGAAAGAAGUGGGUGAUCUUGCCAGAGCCCCUCUCAGCCCCAGGGUAGGUGACCUGCCUGUUUAGUAACUGUCCUGGUCAAGCCUCUGCCCUCCACGUCCAGCACACAGGCUCUCUCGUUUCCUAUGGCUGCUGUACCAAAUUAUCACAAACUGAGUGGCUUAAAACAACACAAAUUUAUUAUCCUACAGUUUUGGGGGGUCGCUAGUCUGAAAUGGGUCUCCCUGAGCUAAGUUCAAGGUCUCGGCAGGAUGCUGUUCUUUCAGGAGAGUCUAAAGAAGAAUCCGUUUCCUUACCUUUCCAGCUUCUAGAGGCUGCCUGCCUCCCAUGCCUGCUCAUGACCUCCUUGUAGCCAACAAUUGUAUCACUUGGACCUCUGUUUCCACCGCCUCAUCUCCUUUCCUGACAUUCCUGCCUCCCUCUUCCAUCCUCUGAAACCCCUUGUGAUUAUAUUAGACCCUGGAUAAUCCAGGGUACUCCCCCCAUCUCAAGGUCCUUAACUUAACCACAUCUACAAAAUCCCUUUAGCCAUUUAAAAUAACACUGUUCAGGAGCUCCAGGGAUUAGGACAUAGACAUCUUGGUUGGGGGAGGGCAUUAUUCUGCCUCCCACAGGCUCCAGACCCGGGUCCUGGCUCCCAGCCAAGGAGUGAGGCAGACACUUGAGCUCCAAAGUCCAUCAGCGCUUGGCAGUAGUGGCUUUGUCUCCAUUUGUUAGGGAGCUCCAAGACCCACAGUGUCAUUGGAAGGAUGAGGAUCUGAGCAACGAAAGGAAUGAAAAUACUUAAGGACUCAGGGAGUCGGGGCAGAGGGACCAGCCAGCCUGUAGCCCCCAGAUCUGAGUGCAGCACGCUCAGAUCCACUUAGCCACUGCGGCCACGCCCACAUUCAAGUGUGUGUCUCCUUCAUCCUGAGAAGUGUUACAGCUUCCCAUCCCUGGAUUCCUCUUUCGCAUCUAAACAAAGUGCUUUCAUCAGUACCAAUGCUCUGCCCAUUAACCCUCAUAGCAGCCCUGCAAGAGAAGUAACAUCGCCCCCUUUUACAGACAGGGAAAACUGAGGCUCAGGGAGGGAAACUGAUUUGUCCAAGUUUCUCAGAGUUUCCCAUAACAAAACCUAAGAUUUCUCUAUUUUUUUAAAGUAAGCUCUAUACCCAGUGUGGGGCUUGAACUCAUGACUCCAAGAUCAAGGGUCACGUUUUACCCACCAAGCCCACCAGGUGUCCCCUUAAAGCCUAAGAUUUUGAUGCCUCAAUACUGGUCACCAACAUGUCCAAUACUCCCCUUCCUGGCACACGGUGGACUUGUACUUCCCUGCCCUCUUAAAGUGAGGCAUGGCCCUGUGACACGCUUUGGCCAAUGACAUGUGAAUGGAAGUACCCUUCAUAGAGGAGCCCUCAAGGACCUGAGCACAGUUUGCCACAUUCCUUCCUUCAGGGUGACCAGUGAUGUUCCAGAGAGUGGAGGCCCCA